AGUUUUCAGCUUUUAUCUAGUUUAGGUAGGUACCUAAGGUAUUUAUGUGUAAGGUAGGUAUAUCUACGCUUCACCUUAUCCUGUAUAUUCUCAUCCGCAUUCGCCUCCGCUCCCCUCGUGUCUAACCUGCUUUGAUCAUCCCCAUAACUAUCUUAUUCCUACUUGAAAGACACACUGAAUUUACCUCCUAUUCAACUUAGAGAUGACUCUGAAAGUGACAAGCGCUGAGCGAUCUUGGCAAGUUCUUCGGGCCGGCGCUCGUAAUCUCCCAAAGCGUCCUAACAUCGGACAACCAGAACACUACGAUUCUCACGGAAAUAUUCAGUCCGCUGAGCUUGGAUCUACUUCGUCGAUGGAGGUGGGCGAAUCCCGACUAUCUGCACCUCGGACCUCACCGCGCUCUAUCGCGGGUUCGACUGCUUGGGUUCCUCUCCCAGUCGGAUUACCGGGUCUUCAGUAUGCAGACCGUGCUGACAACCUGGGUGCAUUCCUUCCGCUCAAAGCAGAGAGCCGGACUUUAGAACCCAGCGAGAUGUUAGCACUGCAACAGGCGACUACGAGCACAGAUCGCUCAACAGAACAAACCGAGGAUACUGCCCUCAGACUAGGUACAAUGGAGCAAGAUGCUGCUAUCUCCGGUUCUAAGAUGAAAAAUAAACCGAAAGCCAGUCUACAAUCGCUACCGGGAUCCCUUUAUCGGACCGCCGAAAUCGCCAAGCAAAAAUGGAAGCCUACCAAGAUGAACGCAACCAGAAGAGACGCAGCAGAGUCAGCCUUGGGGAUCAUCCCAUGUGGAAACCGCGAAGGGUCUAGAGGUGCUCCCCUAUUAGAUGGGAUUCGAGGUCUUUCCAACAGUACGGCACAUGGGAAAAUUGAGAAUGACGAGAAUUCGAAAGGUCACAUGGCAGAGCAGCAACCGGAGUCCAAAGAUAAGAAGUCAGGAAAUCAUACUGGGUUAUCCAACAAGCAUAUGUCAAACAUGAAAUCCGGCUCAAGCAUCCCAUCGAUCCCGUUUGCCUCGCUAACGAAAGAGCAACUCGAGUCGCAGUGCUUGGAACUCCGCGUUGAGGUCUUAGGGCUUAAAAUGCAGCUGCUUGAAAAGGCUGAGAUGGAACUUGCGAGCCAUAAUGCUGUAUCAGAGGCUCAUGUGAGCGAGCUCGGAAAGAAUCUUCAAACUCAGGAUUGGAUGAUAAAGGGAAAACGGAGAAAGCACAAGAUGGUCCACGACGCCGCUGAGCAACACCAAGCAAAGUUAGAUGAUGUGCGUUAUCGACCUCUUCGAGAGAGCAAGAUAAAACAGGCCAAGAAGGCGAAAGAAGAGAAAAGCAGCAAGAAGCAUCAGAAGGAAACCAUCACCAUUACGGGUAAAGACACUGCCUUGAGAAUGUUUUUCUACACAGUGGUAUUCAUGGCUAUGGGCAUCAUCAUGUUUCCGAUCGUCAUGCUGCUCAUGCUCUUUACAAACUGACCAUAUGCCUGUACAUAGCAAACCAAAGAUAGCUUCAUACCAAAUGUGAAUUUCUACAUAAGCAACUGCUCAGGCAAGUUCAUCUGACUUAAAACCGUGAUGUGGAUGUUUAAUGCUGCCAACAAAUGUAAUGACCUACAAUAAAUAUAGGUAGCAAUCACUAAUUAGGUACGUAUAAAGCAGUACGUACUGUACAUGUGAUCAUAUUAUUGACAAAGUCUAAAUGACUAAGGCUAGUGGGGCCGUCCCGAGCCAGUCAA